GGCUGUAUGGGCAUUGUUCCCUUUGCCUUCCCUAAAACGGAAGAACUUCAACAAAAAAAAAUACUAAAAUAAACAAAACUUUAGUGGCAAUCUUUAUGAUUUGUGUUAUUGAGGAAUUCAAAAUUUAAUAAAACUAAAUUACUCGGCUAUCAGCUGAUUGUUCUGAAAAAUGGCUGAUGAUAUUUUAUUUGAUUUAUUACAUUCUGAAAUUAUUAACUAUGCAUUGGAACAAUCUAAAGAGAAUGGCAAUAAAAAGGAGGUAGACUUAUCAAUUGUGGAAUAUAUUGGCUUUGCUGCUGGAUAUAAAAUCAUGGAAAGGUUGACUCGAGAGUGGCCAAGAUUUAAAGAUGAGCUGGAUACUAUGAAGUUUAUAUGUACAGAUUUUUGGACAUGUAUAUAUAAAAAACAAAUUGACAACUUGAGAACUAACCAUCAAGGUGUUUAUGUUUUACAAGAUAAUGGAUUUCGAUUUUUGACAAACUUUUCCAAUGGCCAUCAAUAUUUGGAAUUUGCCCCACGAUUUGUAGCUUACACAUGUGGACUAAUCAGAGGAGGUUUGGCAAAUUUGUGCAUCAACAGUGUAGUUACUGCAGAAGUUCAGUCUAUGCCAUCUUGUAAAUUCCAUAUACAUGUUCAAAGAACGUAAAUAAAUCAAAAUAUUAUU